GGCGGCUCCUCUCGUCGGUGGUCGCUAUGGCCGUUGCCCGUGGCAAGGCCUCUGUUUACUUCCGGCAGGCCGGGGCGGCUGCAUGGGGCGCGGGGCUGAGCGCUGCCUGCGCGCUGCUAUGGCCGAACCCGCCGAGGAAGAAGAGCUACCGGUGCCCGAAUCAGGUGCUGUUUUCACAUUUGGAAAAAGUAACUUUGCAGAAAAUAUUCCUAGCAAGUUCUGGUUCAAAAAUGACAAGCCUGUACAUAUAUCAUGCGGAGAUGAACACACUGCUGUUGUUACAGGGAAUGGUAAACUUUACAUGUUCGGCAGUAACAACUGGGGCCAGUUAGGACUAGGAUCAAAGAAUACUGUCAGCAAACCAACAUGUGUUAAAGCUUUAAAACCAGAAAAAACAAGACUCGCUGUUUGCGGAAGAAAUCACACUUUAGUUUACACAGAAAAAGGGAAUGUGUAUGCUGCUGGAGGUAACAGUGAAGGUCAAUUGGGAUUAGGUGACACAGAGGAAAGGACCACAUUUCAUUUAAUUAGUUUUUUUACCAACCAGCACAGGAUCAAACAGCUAGCAGCUGGAUCGUACACCUCAGCAGCAGUAACUGAGGAUGGGCAGCUUUUUGUGUGGGGUGAUAAUUCAGAAGGUCAGAUUGGCUUGGCUGACAAAACCUAUGUCAGUGUCCCUUGUCAAGUAGAUGUUGGAAAACCCGUUUCCUCUGUAUCCUGUGGAUAUUAUCAUUCUGCCUUCAUAACAGGAGAUGGUGAACUCUAUACAUUUGGGGAACCUGAAAAUGGAAAGCUGGGAUUAUUGCCUGAGCAGCUAAAGAACAAUAGAGUCCCACAGCCAGUACUGGGAAUUAUGGAAAAAGUUAAUAAGGUUGCUUGUGGUGGAGAACACACAGUGGUGCUUACAGAGACAGAUGUGUAUACGUUUGGACUUGGACAGUAUGGGCAGCUGGGACAUGGCACUUUACUUUUUGAAACUUCGGUACCAAAGUCUGUGAAACACUUGAGGAAACGUAAAAUACAUAACAUUACAUGUGGGGAAAAUCACACUGCUGUAAUAGCAGAGAAUGGCCUCAUGUUUACUUUUGGAGAUGGGAGACACGGAAAGUUAGGCCUUGGAGAAGAGAAUUUUGCAAAUCAAUUUGAUCCUGCUCUAUGUUCUAAUUUUUUGAGUUUCACAGUCCUUUUGGUUGCAUGCGGUGGUUGUCACAUGCUGGUUUUUGCUACUCCAAGACCAAAAGAAUCUGAAGAAAUACUCUUAGAAGAUUUAUAUGAGAGCCGUUUGAUUUCUACUGUCUCUAAAAUGAGUGGAGAUUCACUAGUAACAAACACGUUACAACUAACAUCAGCACGAAUACGACGUCGAGAGAGGGAACGGUCACCAGAACAGUUUAUUCGAAUGGCACGAACUCUGCCUCCACUGGGAGAACAUUUCUUAAAAUCCUCACUGCAUGUGACUAGCAACACUAGCCCAAUAUGUUUUUCUACAACAGAUGUUCCUAAGCCUGAGCCUGUGAAGGAGAGCCAUCAUGAAGAAGAAAAGAAGCAUCAAAAAGAUGAACCCAGUGAAGGCUCUGCAGAAGAUUCAGAUACUGAAAAUAAUGACAGAAAUCUUGGAGAUACAGCUGACAUCCUAAAUAUGACACAUGUGAUGAGAUCGAAUUCCAGUGACCUGUCCUUAAAAUUAUCACCAAUUCAAAAACAAAAGGAACAAAACUUGUCUGGAGACGAAGACACGGAUGAUGAUGAUGAUGAAGAUGAAGAAGCAGCAGCAGUAGAAGAUGUGGAAGAAGAAGCAGUCGAAGAAGAGGAAGAAGAAGAAGGAGAAGAUGGAGAAACAGAAGCAGAAGAAACAGUCAAAGAGGAAAUGGAGGAAGAACAUGAGAAAGAGAAACACCAUAGUAAAACACCUGAGGGAGAGAAAAAUGAUAAUAGCACAGUGGAAACUGUAGAGACAGAAGAGACUACUCAGAAAGAGACCAUCAUUCAGCAGGAGAGAGAAAGUACUGACAAUCACACUGUGAACGAUUCUUCAGAGAACACUGAGGACCAAAUAGGUGAAGGAAUAGUUGGGAGAAAAAAGUUUUCCUUGUUUAAACGAAAACCACUGGCAUUCCAGAAGAAUGUAUGUAACAGAAAGGAAGAUGUAUCUGGAAAGCCACUCCAGAGUGAACAAGAGAAAGAAAGGGAAGAUUUAUCUGGUGAAGACAGCAAAGACGAAAACCAGAAUCAUACAUUGGAGAAUUCCAAGGAAACUGUGACUAACCAGGAUAGAAGAGUGAAAUCUUCUACUUGUGUAUUACUCUAACACUGCUACAAUAUGUAAGAAUGUGGCAGUCUUAAAGCACAUAGUGCAAUUUAUACUUGAAAACAGUUACAAAUUACUGGAGCUGUUCCCAGUUUGAUUUCAAUUGAUUGUUGUGAUUUUAAACAUGCAGACCAUUUUCUUUGUAUUUAUUGGUAAGUUUAAUAGUUGCAAUUAAUAUGUUUAUCAGAAUCUUGCUGGAGUUCUGUAGCCUUAAUUGUUAGUGUUGUAAAACAAAAUAUAUUUUUUUAUGUGAAGUUAGACACAGACAUUUCAUUUUUUUUACUGUAUAACUUUAUUCUGUUUCAGUCUACGCAGUAUGAUGCUUUUGCAAAACUCUUAAAUAUUUGAUGAAAGAUUACCAAACUGGCCUAGAGCACUGAAGUUCACAUUUUAAAGAGGAUGCUCAGUUACUUAGAAAUACAUAUUCCUCUUUCUCUUUUCACCUUUUUUUUUUAAAAAAAAAAAAGCAAUAAAUGCCUCACGUACUGAACAUUGAGGCCCUCAUGGAGGAAAUUACUUAGUCUGUGCCUGAUUUCCAGCAUGGCAGUAGUUGGAAACUAUACCUCUAAUAGUGACACAAGUAUGUGAGUCAGUAUCCUGCCAAACCUGGAGCUGUGGAAACCUCUCAAGGCUGGGAGUUGCUGAAUGCCUUUACUCCUGCUGAAAUCAGCAUCAGGUAGCAGGACUCUCUCCUCACAGAAUCAGGCAAAGUAAGAGGUGGGUGUCCUUAUUGUAAUCUGAAUUGGAUUCCAGUUGUGUAGUUUUUGAACAUCCAUGGUAUGGAUGAACAGAAUGUUUUGUUUAAUAGUUCACGAAGGAAAAGUCACAACCCCACUCAUCCACUUACCAAAAUUCCUUCUACAAGGAAUUAGAUUUCUGAACAUUGUUUAGAUAAAUAAGAAAUAUAACCCUUACCAGGAUGAAUCUGAUCCAGUAUCUGCUUGCCUGUUACUCAAAUAUGCAUAGGUUUUAUGAAUAAGCACAAACUCUAGGGGGGAAAAAAAAUACAAAGAAUUAAUGCUAAACUGAGUACUAGUUGGAAUCCUUUCCAAGGAACAGAUGAUCUUUGUAGAAAACCUAUGUGUGUUUUUUUUCAUUUCAGUGGCGUACAGAUGCCUUUGGCCAUGUUUGCCUUUUGGAUAAUUAGUUUUUUUCUAGUUCCAAAGUUGCUUAAGUUUAUAUAUAACAGAAUCAUAAGUGUCUGGAGUUAUAUUUAGCUGGAAGAUUGAUGCAUUUAGUUCCUGUAAGUAUGUCAUGUGCCCAGAUACUUUCAUGAGGUCUCCUUUAGGCUACAGAAAGCAUCGCACUAAAAACCUGGGUGAUUUGGUCAUCCUUUGCCAGAGUUACGUGAGAUCCUUUUAUUUUUAUCUGUUAUUUACCUCUUAAGAUCUGCAGUUAACUUUCCAUGAGCUCUUUCUUUUCGCACUGUCCUCUGUAUUUACAUAUUUUCUUAUUUUCUUGAAUGCACAUUUGGUUCCUGUUCUGCUUGGAUACUGUUGUGAAUAUUAAAGAAGUGGAAAAGGAGAGAUAGACCCAACAGUAUCUUCAUAAAUUUAAAUGAGCUCUGGUUGUUUUUUUUUAAGAGGAGAAAUUCAAUCACAAAUCUUUACUGUCAGGACAGUUUCUUCUUUUAAGUGUGAACUAUUUUAGUGGAAAAUAGUACUUUAGAGUGGUAGUUACCACUACAUCUGAUGCUGUUGAAGUUUGUGUAAUGAAAUCUAAGCUGAUGUACACCAAAGCUAGUUCAAGGGACUCGCACAUUUACCUGGUCCACACCAGAUGAUCCAGUUUGCUUACGAAAAAGCAUGAGCAGAUUAAUCUAUUGAAAUGUCUUUUUUUUUUUUACGUGACUUCCUUGGUAAUAAAAAAGAGUAAACAAAUCCGUUACAUGUACAUGUGUAUUAACUUAAGUCUUUUAGGAGUUCACAGUCAUGAUAAAAACAUAUUUUUAUUUUUAAAGGCAUUUGUCAACUGAACAAUAGCGAAAAACUUGUAGAAACACUUGUAUUUUUCUAUAGUCCACGUUACUUUCCCAAAGAUAAUUUAAAUACUUAUUCCUUGAUUUCACGGCCCUAUUGUUCAACUGAGGUUGUGCUUCAGAAUUCCUGGUUUUCUGAAACGUCAUCAGCAAAACUGCCACUAGGUGGAGUUUGUGUUCUUCGGAGGUGUAACUGCAUCAUCUUGGUCUGAAGCCAGCAGUUUUCCUUACGCUGGCCCCCCAAAAGGCAGUUAAGGAUACUCCCUCUAUCAAUUUUUGUGAUUCAGAAUUCUCUGAAAGCUUUAUCUCUUCUGGAUUCUAACUUUUUGUUUUAAGGUCCUCUGGUACCUUAACACUUGUAUAUACUAGUGGUUUUUUUUUUUCCCCCCCCGUAAGUUUUAUGGAGAGAUCAUAUAUACAUUUAUGCGAGUUUAAAUAAAAAUUCACUUAUUUCUGAAUGUA